CAUGGCGGCAGUUCGAGCAGGGUUUGCGGUAGUGUGUGUCGGCAUUCUUGUUUAUGGGAUUCUGGACAUCAUGACAAAUUUUGAAGAAAACAACUGUGAUAUGACAUACAUGUUUGAAAUGCCAGAAUAUGUGAACAUUUCUUUGGGAGAAGAGGUCAAGAAGACGUAUCCCAGAUAUGGGCUUUACGUGUACGGGGAAGGGGAUUAUGCCAAAUAUGUCAGUGAUAUGAAUCUACAGGGGGUACCUGUUCUUUUCAUCCCUGGCAAUGCUGGUAGUCACAAGCAAGCCCGCUCCCUAGCAUCAGUGGCCUUAAGACGUGUUGAGGAAAAAAAACCUAACUUCCAUUUCAAUUACUUCACAGUGGAUUUGAAUGAGGAGAUGAUGGGUCUGUAUGGUGGGACAUUACAGGAUCAGACAGAAUUUGUGCACCUUUGCAUGACAAAGAUUUUGACGUUGUAUGGAGAAGCUCCAAACCCACCCUCCUCUGUAAUACUAGUUGGACAUUCUAUGGGUGGAAUUAUUGCAAGAGCGCUGUUCACACUACCAGAUUUUGACCCUAGUCUGGUAUCCACUAUUAUCACGCAGGCAACCCCACACCAGGGGCCUGUUCUUCCCCUUGAUAAGAAGCUCUCCACGUUUAUGACGGCUGUAAACAGUUACUGGGUGGAGCAUGGUAACAGUAGCUUAAGCCAUGUGACUGUUGUGUCUACUGGUGGAGGUCACCGGGAUGUCCUUGUCAGGAACAGCUUGACCUCUCUGAAAGGGAUAGUGGACGAAUCCCGUGGAGUGUACACAUCAACCAUGUCUGUCCCGAAUGCUUGGGUGUCCACCGACCACCUGUGUGCUGUGUGGUGUAGACAGAUGGUGCUAGCAACCACACGGGCCCUGUUUGACAUCAUUGAUCCCAAUACAUCACAGGUUAGCACUGACAAAACUCUGAGGAUGAAUGUAUUCCGACAUCACUUCCUGUCACAUACUGGAACCUUGCAAUAUCCGAAGACAUCUGAAAAGGAGAUAACUAUUGACCCUUCUAUAACAUGGGUGGAGAAGACUGACAAGUUGUGGGAGUAUGCCAGACCUAAGGUACCAAAGACUCGUUACAUAGCUGUACCUAUCCGUAGGGAGGGUGUCGACUCCCUGGUAGCCAUCAGUGAUGUGUUAACCAAAGAUUGGAUUUGUGCUUGUAAACUGAAGGAAGGAGAGAAACAAUGUAAAAAGUGUACAAACCUGUCUGAUAGAGGACGACUCGUACCUCCAAGGAAUUCCGGCAGAAAGGUAGUCCAUCUGGAGUUGUCAGAAAUGACAGAUAUGACACACAUCAUCUUGAUUGUCCCACAGAGCUUUGACAAGGUGGAAGUGAUGGCUGACUUGUAUAAUCAGGGGGAGCGCCACCUAGCCUACCGUAUGCCUGGCUUUAUAGACAUAAUGAUGACAUAUCCGGAGAGUGUCACUAAGAGUGCUAGCACUCUCACCCUCUAUAACGACACCUUGUUCUACAGUCUGAGGUUACAGGGUAUAGACACUCUACUGAAGGCCUACAGGGUCUAUCUCCGUCCCAAAUACUGCGCCGAACAAAACAAUCCAGAACUUCACACUGGUAGUAUGAUGAUGUUUCAUGUGCCCUGGAGUAACGAGGACACCUAUUCCUCCAACAGAAAUGACCAGGUGGGUACCCUGUCCCUGAAGCUACAGAGCGGUGUGCCUAUAAUCGAGGAUGAUGGGGACCUUGAGCUGCGUGUCUACACAGACCCAUCCUGUACCUACCAACUAGACUUUGUGGCUGCUCCGUCCGACAUGCUGGGUCAGCUGAUGAGAUUCUAUGGCCCUCUCCUACCUGCAUAUAUGGUUGCUGUACUACUGAUGGGCCUCAUACAGCAGCUUUUCAUCAUCACUCGAGAUGGAAGCUGCCCAAGUAUGCUGGAUGCCAUUGCUGCCAACGGCCAGCCUUUCAAACUGAUUCCAAUAGUGAUGUUAUUCCUGGGUCUCCUUCAACACCCAAGUGUACAACCAGCCAGCAAAGUGGCCAGCCUACCAGAGUUGGAUAUUCAGUUCCUCACUAACCAGGGGAUAAAUCUACGCUUCCUGCCUGUAAUGCUCUUCUACCUCUCCCAGGGAGUUGUCAACUUCCAGUGCUACGUCCUCACGAAGGUGUUUACCGUCGUCAGUACGGUUGCAGCUCUUCUAUCAUCCAGGUUUUUAGGAAAUAUUGAGACUUUAUGGAGAAAAUUUGAGAUUUUCUUAGUGGGCUUUGCUGUAGUAUCAACAGUCCUCAUCUGUAGUUCUCUCGGAAUUCUUAUAAUAUAUUUUGUAGUUUUAAUAAAGGUGAUCACAUUGAAGAACCUGUCACGAGACUCGGCCGGGGAGCUGAGUCGUUUCCACUUCUACUUCUCUGUGUAUCUACUGUGGCUGUGGAUGCUUGUCAUCAGUGUACCAGCUUUCAUCACCUGGGUCAAUAAUGUCAAGUAUUCCAUUGUACUCUACGGCGAUCCUAACCUUGUACCAGCUACAGUAGGGGUCAUAGCAGUAGGAACAAUGCUCCUCCUGGACAACCCCCUCCCUCAAAGAAUAAACUACCGUGCUUGGUACUUUGGUAUCUACGGUGGAGCUGUGACAAUGCUGCUGUACGGGACUCUGUCAUUGUUCCGUGUACCCUACAUCAUCGUGUUUACUCUGUCACUUAUCGCCACCUGUCAGGCCGUGUGUAGGGUCAGCCCAACCAAACAAACCACUCCAAACAACAUCAACCAAUGAACAGUCUUGUUAUAAAUCUAAUAUGGUCGCAAAAUGUAGACCAUUGAAAGCCUUGUUUUAUAUAUGUUGGACUUAUUUUAUAACUACAACAAGAUUAAGUUUAGAACAUGCAGACAGUAACUCAUUUUAAGUUAAAUGCUAUAAGACACUUUCAUGCUCAGGUUUACAGAAUAGGGAAAUUCCAACCAAGGGUUUUCAAAUAAGUGGAAACCCCAGGCUUGCCAAGGGGUUCCCACCAAUAUCAAAUUCCUUUGAUUGUAAUUUAACUAUCCUUCAACCCUGGGCAUCAAAAGUAUUUUUUUCAUUCCAAUGAUCAGAAACCGAGAAACCACAAAAGUGCUUCAGAGUUUCUGCAUCAGGGUAUCUGAAGGUUCACAAUUUUGUGACAACAUAGUGUCCCAUUGUGACAGAUUCCACCUAAAAUGAG